CAAGAGCUUAGGUUCACGAGGAACCCAGGAGCCUGGGUUCAUGAGGAACCUAGCUCGCAGGUUCCCAACGAACCCAAGAGCCUGGGUUCGUGAGGAAUGAGUCUUACCCUAAGAAAUGGAGAAGAUUUGCGUUGCUGUGAGAGUGAGACCACGGUUUCCCAAGAUACCUCCGCCCGAACCUAUUGGAAGGUCGAGGACAACCGCAUCUCCCUCCACAGGCGUCACGGCACUCCCAUCUCCAGCGUCUCUUACGCUUUUGAUCAUGUGUUCAAUGAAACCUGCUCAAAUGCUCAAGUUUAUGAGCUUCUUACCAGGGAUUUAAUUCAUGCCGCGAUUGAAGUGUUCAAUGGUAUUCUUCUUUUCCCCAAAUCGUCCAAAUUUGUUCAAUCACUAAGAUUUUGCUUUAAGCCUUUAGGUUCUCUUUGUAUUUUGUUUGGAUCUGGGAAAGCAUCACAGGCUGUUUCUGAGAUAUCUGAGAAAUUAAAAUGUUUGAUUUGAA